AUUUCUUAGUUAACAGAUUAUACCAUACUUGAAAUAACUCUCAAAGAUUCUGCAAAAAUAUAAUUCGCUCCGUGACGAAGCUACUUUGAAAUCGAGAAUGGGAAGUGGGAUUCAAUCUCGCAGGAAUUAAUACUUAAACCUCGGGCUGCGCGUGCAUCUGACGUCACGAUGCCUGACGUGCUGUCGGUGCCAGAAUUCCUGGCAGAAACGUGGGAGGAUUUCCACUCCCCCACGACCUCUGCGUUCGUCAGUAAGAUGGGGCAGUGCCGCAACACAGUAGCAGGGCUUGAAGAGACUUUGGAUUUUGACCGGAGUGGACUAAUAAAGAUGAAGAAGUCAAUUAAAGCCAUUUAUAAUUCUGGAAACCUGCACGUAGCCAAUGAACUUUAUAUGGCAGAAAACCUGGAGAAGCUGGGAUGGAAUGCCUUGAAUAAAGAACAGGAACAAGAAAUAGGGGCCGCCUUUCUCAAGUUUGCAGUCGUCACAAAGGAGUUGUCAGCACUCAUGAAAAACUUGAUGCAGAACCUGAACAAUAUUGUGAUGUUUCCACUUGAUUCCUUUGUGAAGAGCGAGUUGAAAGGAGGGAAAGGUGAUCUCAAAAAGCCCUUUGACAAAGCGUGGAAGGAGUACGAGUCCAAAUUUACAAAAAUAGAACAAGAAAGAAAGAAAAUUGCCAAGGAAGCAGGCUUCCAUAAGGCAGAAAUCUCAGGACCAGAGAUUGCAGAGGAAAUGGAGAAAGAAAGACGGAUGUUUCAAUUACAAAUGUGUGAUUAUCUGGUCAGAGUGAAUGAAAUCAAAACUAAGAAGGGAGUGGAUCUCCUGCAACACAUGGUGGAGUUUUAUCACGCGCAAACAAAUUUUUACCACGAUGGUCUAAAGACGAUAGAACACUUCAACAGUUACAUUUUGGAGCUUGUGACGACACUUGGCGCCAUCAAACAGCGCCAGGACCAGGAGAAACGCCAGCUGAUAGAACUCCGAGAAGAACUAAAGGGAUCCAUGACUACGCUGUACAAAGAGCUGACCAAAUUAAACAGCCAUCGGUUUUCUGUGCUCCUCGCACCUGUCCUGGGCAGCACCCAUCCCACACACGCCCUGCCCCAGAUCCUGGGGAACAAGACCCUGGGGACAGAGAAGAAGGGCCACUUACUGAAGAAGAGCGAGGGGAGAAUGAGGAAAGUUUGGCAGAGGCGGAGAGUGGCCAUACAGAGUGGGAUCAUGUCCGUCAGCCACUCAGAUGAAAGUAAAGACCCUGUGCGGCUAAACCUGCUUACGUGUCAGGCUAAAUUGGUGCUCGAUGAUCCGACCAAGAAGUGCUUCGAUCUCAUCUCCAGUUCAAAUAACAGAACUUACCAUUUCCAGGCAGAAGACACGGCAGACAUGGAGGAGUGGAUAGCUGUCCUGAACAAUGCCAAGGAGGAAAUUCUCAUGAAGGCGUUCGGGGACUCCACAGGGUCCGGGCACCUGCGCGAACUGACCCGCUCCAUAAUAGACCAGAUACGUCGUCUGCCGGGAAACGCAUACUGCUGUGAUUGUGGCGCUGAAGACCCAGAAUGGCUGUCUACUAACCUUGGUAUCCUGAUAUGUAUUGACUGUUGUGGUAUACACAGGGACCUCGGCGUCCACAUCUCCAGGACGCAGUCUUUAGUCAUUGACGAGAUUGGGACAUCACAGUUACUGCUUGCACGGGUGGUUAGCAAUAGAAGUUUCAACGACAUCAUGGAGGCUACAUUAGAUACAAGUUAUAAGCCGACUUCAACAAGUACAAUGGAGGAGAGGAAGGAAUUUAUCCGUGCCAAAUACGAGCGCCACCGCUACGCCAUCAAGACGUGUUUGACGAUGGAGGACCUAAAGCUGGACCUGAAACAGGCAGUGCUCAGUGCUGACAUCUAUGGGCUGUUACAGGUGUACGCGGAGGGGCAGGAUCUGAUGGCGGUUUUACCAGAUACUGAAGAUGAAGAGACGGCUCUCCACUUAGCAGUGAAACAGACAGAUGGAAUGUCGCUACAUAUUGCAGACUUUGUCAUCCAGAAUACCAACAAUCGUAAUUUAGACAUGGCCACCAGAGAUGGGUAUACGGCCCUCCACUACUGUGCCCAGGCAAACAGAACCGAGGAGAUGAAGUUACUGUUGCGAGCAUGCCCUGCCCUGGCAUCGGUGGAAACCAAAGAUGGCCGCACAGCGAUGGACAUUGCACGGGAGGAGAACAAUGAGCACUGUAUAGACUUGCUGAAGCAUGCUCUGGAGGGGAAGACCAAGCUGUUUGAGAAUGUGAACAUUGACUGGGACCUGGUCAGCUCUGAUGAGAACACACUUGACACUGUGGACUACAGUGAUGACGAGCUGGAAGACAGAGGCACACCUGACAAGAAGAACCGCUCCAGACCUCCAAGUCUGGUCAUGACCAAAGACAGUAUUAUCCCCAUUCCAGCGCGUGAGAGGCGCUCCAGUCUAGGUGACGGGCUCAAAGUGAACCUUAACAACCUUCCUCCCCCACCUCCCCCUCAAUCCAGCAAACCCAAAGGUAUAAACCUGGAUCAGGUCAACCGUGCCCGCGUCCCGUCAGACCCCUCCAUGCCGCCGCCAUUACCCAUGAAGAACAAGGAUAAGAUUCAGGCACCGCCUGGUGGUAAACUGGUGCUACCGCCACCUCUGCAGUUCAGGAACCAGACUGGCGCAAUCAGCAGCAACAGCAGUAAAAAGUCGCGGACAUCCAGUGCCUCAAGCGAUAAGCCAGUUCCAGCGCCAAGAAGAAGUACUAUAGGUGGCGCUCCAGUGUUCUCCCAGCCCGAGGCUGUCAAAGCUGCUAGCAGUAUGGAACGUCUAUCUAACGGGAGAUCCAGCGAGAGUCUGGACUCCACGGACUCGGCAGCAGGCGGAGGUCUUCAGCCGCACCCCACCCCCAGGACUAAGAAAAAAAUGUCUUUGAGGAGACAAAGGAAAUGCAGGGCAUUGUACGAUUGUGAUGCUGAUAAUGACGAUGAAUUGUCUUUCAAAGAAGGAGAAAUUAUUAUACUACUUAGAGAGGAGGAUGAGGAUUGGUGGGAAGGAGAGGUAGAUGGAGAACCACAUCGAAAAGGACUCUUUCCAGCCUCUUUUGUGGAAAGAGUUGUAGAGGAUUCUGGGGGAUAGAGGGCAGUGUCUCAACUAACGCAACCCUGGAACUCCUAACACAAUCUUCACAACCUCACUGUGGGCGUGACAUUCCCAAAGGCACCUCUUCCUGGUAUUGUGCAGGCAAAAUAAAGACCCUAAGGUGUCCAGCUCAGCAGUAGGGCUGUUCAGAGUCUUCAUAUGAUGUCAUUCAGAGCAGAGUGGUUCUGGAUUAACAAAGAGAUAACAGACAGUACCAGAGCUUCCCCACAUUUUUUUGCUUGAAAGAACGUUCUCUCAAAGGGAUUUAUAUUUAUUUGUUCUCGACAGUGAAAAUGAUAUUAUGUUUUUUGAAGCUGGAGGAAGCGGUCUGUUGUUGUGUAUAGGUACAUAUAUUGAAUGUGACAGUGUCUGAUAUAGAAAUGAUAUAGAAAUGAUCUGUACAUAAUUGUCCUUACGUACUAGUGCUGGGAGACUGUAUAAAGAUGACUUUCUCCCAUGAUUGACAGUGACAUGUUAUUUAGGACAAAGACAAAUAUCAAUUUUUUUUGUCUUUUGUCCGAUAAUGAUACUGCAAAAUAUGAAUUUGCAGUGUUUUAAAGCCUUUGGAAUAAUAUGACAUUAUUUUAGCAUGAAGCCAAUAUUUGCUACAUUUGAUGUAUGAUACUUAGUUUCAGCUGAGAAUAAAAGGGAGAUGCAACGGAAAGAAUGAUGGCAAAUUAGUGUAAAAAAAAUAAUAAGUUGAUAUUAAAAUGUUAUAGAAAAUAAUGAAAAAUCAGAUCACUAUGUAUUUUGUGUUGUUAUAAGUUACAGUUCUACACUGUACAUUAUGUAUUGAAAACAUUAGUUUCUUCAUUCCUUCAGGACCAAAUAAGUUUUGAAAUUUUGUAUAGAUUAUAGUUGAUAGCAGUGAGGAGGUUCCAGGUAGAAGAAGUGGGUGUUCCAGUUUACUUGGUUGUCAUGGUUUUAUUCUUCCAUAUAUAUUAUAUUGAGUUAUAAGACAUUCCAAACUUUGAAUCAUUUCCUCAUUAGUCUCCAGUGAAAGGCUUACAAAUAUAGAAAAAACUUCAUCUUUUUAAUGGGCAAAAAUUAUUGAUCCUUCAGUUAUAUAAUUAUAUUUCUAUUUAGCCUCUGUGGUGCUUCAGCUGCAUAGACUAGAACUAUAGGGUGGCCUGCCUUUCAAUAUUAUUGCUGCCACUCAAUAGGAAUGUUGUAAUUUAAAGAAUUUCUGACUUAAAAAUACAGCAUCUGUUAAAUUCACAAUUUUCCCAAUUUAAAAGAUGGAGUCAUUGCCGCAAAUGAUGGCGUUCAAUGACAGGACAAAUAUUGAAAAUAUGCAUGCUCAGAAUACAUUUUAAAAAUUUCCCUGUGCUUCCUUUUCCUUCCUUCCUAGUUGAGAAAAAGAAGUGGCCUUCUAUGUUAUUGACAGCUGCUCUUGUGUUAUAUAUAUUUUGCCUUUUGUCAGAAAGUGACGUCUUGCAGGUAGUGCUUGACCAGUAGUGCCACCUAUUGCUAUGUCUUGCAAGCAAUACUUUUGUGAAAUAUUUUCUGUGUACUUGAAAAUCUUGGCAAAUAUUGACAAAUAUUAUUCUUUGGAGGAAAUAAUUGAAUCUUUUAAUGUUCUCUAAAUAACCCAAAUCUUACUUUGUAUCUCAACUUAUAAAACCUAGCUCAAUCACUCAAGCAUUACUCUGUGGAGUGAAUCAAAUCUUUAAAUGCAGAAAUGGUGUUAGUAAGUCUAUUUCAGUAAAACAGUUGCUCAGUGUAUUGUUAUUAUGUCAUACCUUCAGAAGAGUUCUUAAUCUCUUGAUGCUAAUGUUACUAAUGGUAAAACAACAAACAGGAAAGGGAAUUGGCACUUGAAUUGCUUUACCUUGAGAACAAUGGAGGUUUUACCUUGAGAAGAGCAGACUGUGGUUGAAGUUUAAGAGGAUGCCAUUUUCAUUUUGGGAUAUUCCCCCACAUUUGUGUCUGUGUCUGAAUACUAUAAUUUAAAUAUGACAAAUAUAUUUUGAUUAUUAUUAUUGAUAAUUGUCUUCUUGCACGUAAUAAUUAUUCCAGGUACUUAUUUGAGAUUUUAAUAAUGAAUUAUUAUUAAUGAUUGUAUAUAGACUCAAGUGGUGUCAAUGAACAGGAAUUAUGUGUUAAAUUUUACAUAUAGUACCAAUGCACCUAAUCACAGAGUCAAAACAACAGUUUUUAUUUCAUAUGUACCAUAUAAGUCUAUGUUUCAGUUGGGAGGAUAAGAAGUACCUUAAAAUAAAACAAUACUUAAAUAAA